AAGAUGUAUAUAACCUAGAUGCUGAAUCAGGUUCAAGUUUUUCUGAUCAACUUCUGUUAAGUGGAGUUACUAUUACUAAUAGUUUAGGAAUAUAUGAGAAACUUUUAGGUGCUUUAAUGGAUAAUACCACUUCAAUGAUUAAAGCUAUGAAUCAACUUGGUAUAGAGCAUAUAGAUUGCACCGCAUAUACAAUACAACUUGCAUUAGGAGAUGGAUUUGAUGAUACUGAAGUUAGUAACUUAAUAAGUAAAGCAAAAACAUUAAAUAGUUAUAUCAGUAGUAAAGAUAAAUACUAUAAAAGCCUUUAUGAAUUACAAGCUGAAUUAAAUUCGCAACACCAAGUUAAUCCUCUUUCAAAAGAAUGGAGUUCAAUAAAUGAAUUAGCAAAACUUUUAUAUCCUUUCGUACAGGCAACUAGAUAUAUUGGAGAAAGCCAAUAUCCCACUUUGGGAAUGAUGAUCCCUACUCUCAUUAAGCUCUCAUACCAA